CUCAUAAUCUGUCUGGACGUUCUUGCGGACAACCAGCAUGAGCCAGGACCAGCCUCUUGUGAUUCCCUUUUCACUGGACGAAUACGGACCCGCGCAGCCUCUUACCGAAGAGUUCGAGUUUUCAAAACGACUACAAUUCUGGGAUGGGCCCAUUCGCGCGUUUCUAUCAGAGCGGGGUUAUACCCUGAACAGGUUCGAGAUAUUUGGAGACAAGGGAUCAACCUUCGGCUUUAUGUACCCCGCACUCGAAUUCUCUCCAUCUGCAGCUCCGAAAGAUCCUCGCUACGCGUUUGUCGAUACACCUACAAGUUUUGUUUCCUUAACCUCAAAACCAUUCAAGUAUCACAUCUAUGGAAAGGUGGCGUUCGCUCAGGAAACUUCGCAUCCGGAGAAACACAUCGCCGUCAAGCUCAUUAGGAAUGACAGUCCCGAGUAUCAAAUCAUGAAAACAUUACUGGAGGACGCUGACGGGAGAUUCAUUCGUGGCUUAGUUCCGGUUCUUGAUCUUUUUCCGUUCUGUGGCCAUUGGCUGGCAGUCACCCCUCGAUGGGGCGAUGAUGCAAGGGCGCCCUGGCCAUCGACUAUCGGCCAGGCACUUGAUCUGCUCGAAGACGCCCUUUCUGGCUUGGCGUACUUGCACGAACGGAGAAUCGUUCACAGGGUACUGAAUCAUCUCGUCCUUACCUUCUACCUUUGUGUUGACAUAAGGCAGGACAUCUCUUUCAGUAAUAUGCUCACAAACCACAUUCCGUCCCAGCGAUUCAGCGACGUGUCCGAUGCAAUGCGCAGUCGUCUUCGGAAUCAAAGGGUGUUGACACUGGGCUUAUUCGAUUACAAUCUGUCGUUGGUCUUUCCCCGGGAUACUCCGCUAGAACUGGCACGUUCAAGUUACGAAGACUAUUUUCUGGGUGCAUGGAAGCCGCAUCUCGACGUCGGUCAUGGAGAAUAUCAGUACAAUCCUUUUGCUGUCGAUGUUCUCGGUGUCGGAUACAUCAUUGGCAGAGGAUUCCAGCACAUGACGCCAGUUGCUCCCAUCCUCGCACCUGUCAUUGAUGGUCUGGUCCAUUGGCACCCGCCAUCGAGGCUCACAGCUGCGGCAGCGCUUGAUCUCCUCCGCACGUUGAAGGCAGAAUAUGGCCCUGGAAUCGUCAAUCUCGCUGCGCCCACAUUUCAGUCGAUGGGAUAUGAUGAGCUUCCUCUACUCGAAGAAUUUGAUAGAUGGAAAGGCCUUCCCGAGGAGUUUAUCGCCCGAUGGAAACAUCUGCGCACCCCUCCCGUUCCGUUCCACAGACGUCUUCUCCACUUCCUUUGCUCAUACGAACCCGUUUCUAUCGUUGUUCGCCAACUCCGACGCUUGGUUGAUGCUUCUUGUAGCCGUACUUAUGUUUCUCUGUCUACCGAUGACAUCUGUGAACCGCAGCUAUGACGUUUCAAUUCGAGACCGGACGAGACAGCUCGGUGCACGUGGACUACCUAUUUCGGUCUGGAAUUUGGGCGCCUGGGAACGAUAUGCGGGCUACCUGUCGAGUUCGCAUCAUGGACUACCUUAGGCUCCUGCUCUCGUUCAAUGGCGGAGGAUCUCGUCCUCUCCGCGCUCCAACCCUGCCUCCUUAGCAUUAACAUAAUCUUAUUUGUGAUCUUUGGGACAGAACGUGUUGAUGAGUGUGUGAUAUGUGGGUGAUAUGCAUGAUGCCUGCAGGCAUGACUUAUAUCCCUCCUUGCACUUUCCGCUCUCUUUCGUGAUCACAAUCCUUGAAAUCUGCACCGACAAUUGCGCCGAACCAUCCAUGGAUCAACAACAGCACUUGGGGCAUGGUCCACCGCCUACAUGCGUGGGAGAACGACUUCAUCUGGCUCAAGGCAACUGAUCAUGGGCUUCUAGGUCCCUUCCACAUGGCACGCCACGCUCCUUCACCUUGCCGACGCUGCAGCUCAACAGCCCGUGGGACGUGUUUGGACUACCGUGGGAUGCCGUUUGACUACCGUGGGCGCCAAUUGGGCUCGAUCGGGCGCAUAUGUCAAGAAUAGCCUCUGACGUGGGAGUCUCAAGUAGGCAUCUGGAGUUACGUCAUCGACUACCUGGGAACAUCAGGCGCCAUCUGCCGACAACAGCGGAGGUUGGUAGUUCAUCAUUUCCGACUACCCAGGCCCUGAAUGCAGUGCUUGCGUUCGAGGGACCCAUGGGAUGAUAUGGACCUUUCUGUCUCUCUAGUUUUCGAUCGAGUAUCACUGCGAGUGACAAGUAGUUAGUACGUGCCACUUGGAUCAUAUGAAUGGAAAUUAGUCGUC